AUGGACUUCAAUCUUCUUACAGUAUGCAUCAUUCCGUUGACGUCUGGACAAAUCGAUAGACAGCGUAAGAAUGAUCACGGCUGGGAAAUAAAGCUGAACGUUCCAGGAGCUCCCGGGAACGAUUAUCCCACUCUGCAUGAAAUCCCACGAACAAGUUUCAAUUGUGCUGGACGAGAACCAGGCUAUUAUGCAGACCAAGAAACCAACUGCCAGGUGUUCAGAAUUUGCACCUCAGGUUCCAUUUACGGCUUCCAAUCGUUCCUCUGCCCAAACGGCACCUUGUUCAACCAAGCGUUCUUCGUUUGCGACUGGUGGAUGAACGUUAAUUGUGGAAAAUCACAGGAAGUGCAUAACAACAAUGAACGCUUCGCAAAUUUAAAACCCGGCCCACAACUUAUAAAAGAUGUCAGAAAAAUAAUAACCCAUCCAAUGAGAAAUCCCAUAAAAUCCGAAUAUUUAAGAAGUAAAGAUUUAGUACCGCAACUGUACAAGCCGCCUCUACAAGAAUUAUUUCCUAACGGAGCUUUGAUAUCUAGUCAAGAUUUAAAUAAUAAUAACGUGUAUGUACCAAGCAAAACAAGCAUUGAUGAGGAUAUUGUAUCUAAUGAUAUAAGUUUUGCUGCUUCUACAGCUUCACCGCAAUUUACUUCAUAUCGAUCAAAUCAACAAACACAAAGACUAGAGUUUAGUAAUCCAAGAACACACAAUACCCAGUACAAUCAAUUGGCUAAACCACAAUCUACGCCGAUACGAUAUUUACUUGGUACACCUAUUCCUAUCAAACAAAAACAAGUACAAUAUAACCAAAAUAAUAAAAACCAUUUAACUUAUGGCCAACGGACCUUAGAAUCCUAUAGGGUUAAUCCAAGAAAACAAUCCCCACAAAGUUUAUACCAGUUGCAGACUAACGGGAACGCAAUAAUUACAGAAGCUAAAGAAAAUCUGGUAAGUACACAAAUUCCACCAACUGUCAUAUCAAAGACAAUAGCUUUCAAAAGUAUAGUUCCCGGGGAUAAAGCUGGCGGUCCAAAAUCGAGAAUCACUUUCAAGACUUGGAUAUUAAAACCAAAAGGUAAUAAGUUAAUAGUAAAACCGAUUGCAUACACAAACAAAAAUAUUGUCCAAUCACCAUCCGAACAAGUAUCUUCGACAGUCAUCCCAUAUGUAUAUGAUAAGCCCACGCCUAGUUCUGACCUAAUAAGGAAAAGUAACGAAUAUUUUUAUACCAAACCAGUAUCUGCUAAACAAGUAACGAAUAUUCCUGUCGGUCUAUACGAUCCACCAACCACGUUUCGUCCUACUUUACCCAGUAGACUGUACCUAUCUCCAAAUCUUGACAUAGCUACGACCACAGUACCAUCCCUUUACGAAGUAUCAACUUUAAAAUCUCUCCCUAAUAUCUACUUACCACCAACCAACUCAGCCCAACUUUCAAGGCAAUAUUUAUCACCUCUUGUAAGAUCGCAACAACUAAUAAAUAAUAACGAAAAAUUACAGACAGAGUCAUCGUCGCAAACACCACAAUAUGAAUUAAUCGAACCAAUAAUAAACAAUCUGCCAUCGUUGACGGUAACUAAACACUCCAAAAUUAAUACUAAUCGCAAUAACCUUACUUUUACAGACAUAAUAACACAGGAAAAGUAUGAUAUAACCGUGAAUAAUGUAGAAAAGACCCGUAAAGCAGUAUUCGACUCGGCACCUCAAAAAAUAACACAAUAUCAAGAUAGUAAUUUUAUAAACAGCGAUUACUUAAAACGGAACGGCGAAUUUGAAAGCAAAAAGAAUUUGCCUGCUUCUAUCGCUACAAAAAGCGCCAAAUUAAUUUCAGCCCCUUCAAUUAAUCUAGAACCACCUUUUGAAAGCAAUUUACAAUAUUUUCCAUCAAAUAAAAUAACAAAUCUACCUUAUUAUAAGGAGCCUGUUAAUACUAUAGAAAGAACAGUAUCCAUAAAAAUAACAAUACCUGAAAAAAUCGCAAAAAUAUUAUUCAAGAACGAAAGUAACUCCGAAGAACUGGAAGUGUUAAAUACUGGCAGUAGUAAUUAUUAUGUAUACGCAAACAAUUUGGGUACUGAAUCUGACAACGGAUUAACUCCGAUAGGCAAGAUAUCACUUAUUAAAAAUUCUAAUAUUUCACGUUCACAGGAUUUGGUGUUCUCGUUUUUGGCAGACUCCUUAAAUGCUGCAAAACAAUACAGUAACAUUGCUACACGGACAGAACCAACAUCUACAGAAACUUCUACACAAAACAAUGAAUACAACGAUGAAGAAGAAAUAUCUAAGCAAAUAUCUCAUCUCACGUCAUUACAAUUUUCAAAUAAUAACGAUAUAAACACAUUCAAUGAUGUCCAGAGCUUACCCCAAAACAAGGAUAUUAAUCAGCUAUCAAAACAUAGACAACACAAUGAAAAUAACCAACAGGUACAUCAACAAUCAUCUAGAUUAGUGACGUCGAGUUCACAAAAUCCAAAUCAGCUAAUAAGACAAGAGACAAACAAAUUUGCUAACCUGCUACAAAAUCCUAACCAAAUAUACAGUGGUCAACUAUAUCAGUUACCUGUACCCGAUGUAACACGUGAAUUCUAUAAUUCGCCUAAAAUCCAACCAUCAAUCAAUCAGAACACUCAACAAAGGAUAAAGUCACAAGAUUUCAUAAAACAACAAAACAGCAAGCUAACUAAAGGGACUGAUGUAGAAUUACUACCAUCACCGUUUUCAAAACAUCAACAAUCAUCACCCAUUGAGCGAUUAAAACAAAACGAUCUUUCCACAAACUUUGACAAUCUACUAUCAUCAGGUAAUGGAAUAACUGCACAAGUGAAAGAUAGUAUUGUCGGGUCACUGCCUCAUCCAUCUGAAAACGACAAAUUAUUGACAUACAAAAAGGACCAAUCGUAUUAUAUUUUUUCACAGCUUCACAAUAAUAAGGAGAAUCAAUUUCAUAAGACACAUAGUGCUAAUUUGGAGAUCGUUCCAUCUAUAGCAUACAAGUUGAAAGAUCAGGUACAAAAUAACGAGUUCCGUCGACCUGGAGACGAAUAUUUUACUUCGAAACAGUCGUUAACUACUAAUGUUGAUUAUACUGUAAACCAUCCCAUAAAUUACGGUGAUAGACUAAGCAAUAGUCAAUUUAACAGUCCAUAUUCACAACAAAAUCAACGUCUAAUAAAUAACGAUGAGAACUCGAGGAUAGAAGAUUUAGACAGCAAGGAACCCAAUGGUUAUCCAAAAAUAUCACCACAACCCAAGUUUAACACUUGA